CACUCGCUCGCGUUGAGAAGUAAAAGAAGAGAGAGAGAGGGGGUGGGGGCCCACCAUCCUCUUCUUUCCCGCGUUGAUUCCGGGUCAUCCUUGUUCGCCCCUUCGCCGCAGAUCUCCAGCGUCCUCCUCCCCCGCUCUCCCCCUUUUCCCCACACUCCCCCGCAAAUCUCGCGCAAAACCCUAAAUACGAAAAGAUCGAUCUCGGUAGAGAAUAGCAAACGAGGAGGCGAAAAGGGGCCCCAAAAGAUCCCACCUUUCGUCCCCACCCCUUCCCCAUUUUUAGCUUCCCCCUUACCACAACCCACCCCGCUUCCUCUAUUGAGCUCCUCCUCGGCGAUGAUGCCCUAGCGAUCCGGAGAUGGGCUGCGUCGCGUCGAAGAAGAAGGCGGUUUCCGUCACCCCCGCCGCGGUCGACUCCUCCGGCGCCCUCCGCGGCGGCGGCGGAGGCGGGCGCGGAGCGGAGCCGAUCUCGGCUUCUUCGUCCUUCUCGUCGCGGCGGCGGAGGGGCGAUCGCGAUGAGGCGGAGAAGAAGGUGGGGGAGGAGGAGGAGGAAGGGGGCGGUCGCGGCGGCGGCGGCGGCGGCGGCGGCGAUGCGGACGGGUCGCUGAGGGCGAGCCUGAGCGCGGCGAGCUCGCGGAGGCUGAGGCUGAGGAACCUCCAUAGGUACCUGGAAGGGGAGCAGGUCGCCGCGGGGUGGCCCCCCUGGCUCAGCGCCGUGGCCGGGGAGGCCAUUCAUGGGUGGGUGCCCCUUAAAGCCGACUCCUUUGAGAAAUUGGAGAAGAUCGGACAAGGCACCUAUAGCAGUGUGUUUAAAGCACGCGAUCUCGACACAGGAAAGAUUGUUGCCUUGAAGAAAGUGCGGUUUGAUAAUUUUGAGCCAGAGAGUGUUAGGUUUAUGGCAAGGGAAAUACAGAUACUUAGAAGGCUUGACCAUCUGAAUGUUAUGAAGCUGGAGGGGUUGAUUACUUCUAGGUUAUCAUGCAGCUUAUAUCUCGUGUUUGAAUAUAUGGAGCAUGAUCUUGCAGGACUGUCGUCUUCCCCUGACAUCAAGUUCAGCGAGUCACAGGUAAAAUGCUACAUGCAACAGUUACUGUCAGGGCUUGAACACUGCCAUUCGCGUGGUAUUAUUCAUCGCGACAUCAAGGGUGCGAAUCUCCUAGUAAAUAAUGAAGGGGUUCUUAAAAUGGGUGAUUUUGGUCUUGCAAAUUUCUUCGAUUCUGAAAAAAAGCAACCCUUGACAAGCCGUGUUGUAACUCUAUGGUAUCGGCCACCUGAGCUUCUGCUAGGUUCGACUGAUUAUGAACCGUCUGUAGAUUUGUGGAGUGUUGGCUGUGUUUUCGCGGAAAUGUUUCUACAGAAGCCUAUUUUGCAGGGAAGAACUGAGGUCGAACAAUUACAUAAGAUAUUUAAGCUUUGUGGUUCCCCCCCUGAUGAGUACUGGAAGAAGUCGAAGUUACCUCAUGCCACAAUUUUCAAACCCCAUCUUCCAUAUCAGAGUUGCCUUCGCGAUACAUUCAAAAGUAUACCAGAAAGUGCUUUGAGUUUAUUAGAAGUUUUUCUGGCUGUUGAACCUUAUAAACGUGGAACUGCAUCGGCUGCUCUCGCUUCAGAGUAUUUCAAGACAAAACCUUAUGCAUGUGAACUGUCGAGCAUACCAAAAUACCCUCCUAACAAGGAGAUUGAUGCAAAGAUCCGCGAGGAAUCAUACAGGAACAGAGUCAGCAGCAAAAGGCGAGGAGCAGAAGCAACAAGAAGACCAUCAAGACUAUAUAGAGCUUCACGAGAGCCAGGUGGACACGUAAUGGCAGAGGGCCCAGAGGUAUCUCGAACCAACUCAAAUGGGGUUGACAGAGGUGGCUUAAAGGAAGACCUUUCUAAGAUAAAUGGCGUUGCCAAACAAGUUGCAGAUCCGAAACCAAUACCAGCUAGUAAAGAUGAAGAUACACAUAUUAAGAACAACUCUCAGGAUGAGGAUAUCUCUUUCUCAGGGCCUUUAAUGGUUUCUUCUUCCAGCGGCUUCGCAUGGGCGAGGAAACAAAGAGAAGAGCGUGCUAAUGGUAAAUCACACAGUAGAUCUAAUUCAAGAGGAGGCCAUCUUUCAAAUGGAAUAACAGAUCAGGGAAACAAACAGCAAGAUAAAAACAUGGUUGACUCAAAGGAACAGGCGAAUGGAGAUGUACAUGAAGUUCGUGUUGAUUCUAACUUAUAUGAGUCUCAUAAGUUAAAGAAGCGAGCCAUUCUGAAGAAGUGGACACAGUUGCAGCGGCCCGAUUCGUUUGAUUCAUGUGACAUGUUCCACUCUCAGGACUUAUCGAAUGCAAUUUAUCUGGGGGAUACGAUGUCUUCCAAAAAUGGCAUUUUGGACCAAGGAGACAGAGUUGAGUUCUCGGGACCUUUGUUGUCUCAGUCACAUAAGGUUGAUGAGUUUCUACAGAAGCAUGAGCGCCACGUCCGCCAAGCAGUUCGGAAAUCGUGGUUCCGAAGAGUGGCAGGGAGAAAGCAAGCAAAGUAGAAAACAACGGCCAUGCCGCUUUGUGGCCAAGCAUAAGUCUCGAGGAUAUAGUGACUAAUAAUAACUUCUUCGAAACAAAGUGACAAAGAAGUAACAUCCAGCUGCUAUGAAAGAUGAAACAAACUAUUAGAGAGAUUUUGCGAACUACCGCUGAUGCCGCUAAUCCAACCCCCCAAAAAUGCCAAAUAUCUAUUGCUUCUUGUAUCUAAAUGUUGCCACCUUCGUUUAAUAGAGAACGUGAGCGAAAAGAAUGUGGAGUUUUUGGAGAUCUUUUGAUAUUGUAUGUUCCUCGAUGUUACAGAAAAGGAAAUGCAGGUGCAGUGCUGCUAGUGGAGAUCUGCUUAUAUCAGCCUCUAAUCGGGUCGAAUUUGUGUAAAGAUUCUGUACAUAAACUUUUAUGCUUUUGUACUUCUAAUUUAUUAUUAACUGGGGCAUGAUUCAAAUUGAUUAGUUGAGAUCAGGGUAUUCAAUACUUAGUGGUUGCUGUUUGUGGUG